AUGAGACUAGAUUUUAUUCAAAGGAAGAUAAGAUGAACUCUCAAUUCCAUUGGCUGAACUCUCAAUCCCAUUGGCCACACCAAUGGGGGAAAUUGGCUGAGAUCAGAAUUUGACUCAAAAUACUGUAGAUGGGCACAUGCCUCAGGACAUCCUGAGGCUGUGUCACAGGCACAAAAUUAAAAAUAAAAAAAUACUGUGGACAUUAUACAUUUUCAUACUGAAAAAUGAAGCCUUUAUGAAAGAAGGCUAGUCAUCAGGUUGAGUCUGCACCCUCCAUUCUCCCCUUCUCCUCUUCUUUUACUGGGAAGUGUCUGACUCUCUAACAACCUGGCAACAUUGAAAGCUUUGUCCACAAAGCUCAGAAACCUCAUUAGCCUUGUUUUUGGAGCAGGAAGGAAGAGGUAGAUUUUGGUGGUGAAAAUGUGUUGCAAAAGUUUAGUUUCACUGGCUACGAUAUUGAUGAGAGAAUGGCUCAGACCCUUUGAACUGAAUGAAAUGGAAAAUGAUGAGUAAGGUAAUGUUUCCUGUCAUAAAUCAAGAUAAAGAAAACAGAUAAUUAUAAAGUUCAUCAUUUCUGAAAAAAAUAAUGCAUGCCAGCUCUGUUCUAUGUCACCCAAAGGACUCUCUGCCUUACCUUUAGGACAGCUUAUGGGAACACCUUCAUCCCAUGCCUACUAACCCCAAGCUGGUGGUAGAAAAGAUUGCUCUUAUUUUAGAAAGAGCUUCUCUAUGCUGCAGAGAAGAAUGUCUUACUCUUUUCUCAGGGAAUCUGCCACCUCCACAUAUCUACCAUGAUAAUUAUAACAAAAGAGAUAAGGAAGUGUCCUACAGAUAUAAGCCUGGCUACACUCUCAUUGGAACUAACUCUGUGCAGCGUAUGUCCUUGGAAACCUGGAACCAUGUAGCACUAAAAUGUGCAGGUGCCCAAAGUUCUACUCCAUCUAAAGAAAACUCAACAGUUCCCUGCUUACGUAUCAACCUUGUCUCUUUUUUUCAAGUGAAAUCAUGGGAUGCCACUCCAAAACCAACUUCUCAAUGGUUAUGUAGCUCCUACUCCUAAUCUUUAACAUGGGACAGAGGUUUCCUUUGUGAUGAGAGGAAUUUCUUGUGGCUCUCCUCCUCCUAUCCUAAAUGGCCGGACUAGUGAUUAUUCUACCCCCAUCACUCUUGGUACUGUGAUAAGGUACAUAUGUUCAAAUGGCUUCCGCCUCAUUGGAGAAAAAAAUAUAAUUUGCAUAACUAAAGACAAAGUGGUUGGAAUCUGGGAUAAACCUGCUCCUAAAUGUGAAUAUUUCAAUAAAUAUUCUACUUGCCCUGAGCCCAUAGUACCAGGAGGAUACAAAACUAGAGGCUCUGUACCACCCUACAUACAUGGUGAUUUUGUGACAUUUGCCUGUAAAACCAACUUCUCCAUGAACGGAAACAAGUCUGUUUGGUGUCAAGCAAAUAAUAGGUGGGGACCGACACGACUACCAACCUGUGAAAGUGUUUUCCCUCUGGAGUGUCCAGCACUUCCUAUGAUCCACAAUGGACAUCACACAAGCGAGAAUGUCAGCUCCAUUGCUCCAGGAUUAUCUGUGACUUACAGCUGUGAAUCUGGUUACUUGCUUGUUGGAGAAAAGAUCAUUAACUGUUUGUCUUCGGGAAAAUGGAGUGCUGUCCCCCCAACAUGUGAAGAGGCACGCUGUAAACCUCUAGGACGAUUUCCCAAUGGGAAGGUAAAGGAGCCUCCAAUUCUCCAAGUUGGUGUAACUGCAAACUUUUUCUGUGAUGAAGGGUAUCAACUGCAAGGCCCAUCUUCUAGUCGGUGUGUAAUUGCUGGACAAGGAGUUGCUUGGACAAAAAUGCCAGUAUGUAAAGAAAUUUUUUGCCCAUCACCUCCCCCUAUUCUCAAUGGAAGACAUACAGGCAACUCACUAGCAAAUGUCUCAUAUGGAAGCAUAGUCACUUACACUUGUGACCCGGACCCAGAGGAAGGAGUGAACUUCAUCCUUAUUGGAGAGAACACUCUCCGUUGUACAGUUGAUAGUCAGAAGACUGGGACCUGGAGUGGUCCUGCCCCACGCUGUGAACUUUCUACUUCUGCGGUUCAGUGUCCACGUCCCCAGAUCCUAAGAGGCCGAAUAGUAUCUGGGCAGAAAGAUCGAUAUACCUAUAACGACACUGUGAUAUUUGCUUGCAUGUUUGGCUUCACUUUGAAGGGCAGCAAGCAAAUCCGAUGCAAUGCCCAAGGCACGUGGGAGCCAUCUGCACCAGUCUGUGAAAAGGAAUGCCAGGCCCCUCCUAACAUCCUCAAUGGGCAAAAAGAAGAUAGACACAUGGUCCGCUUUAACCCUGGAACAUCUAUAAAAUAUAGCUGUAACCCUGGCUAUGUGCUGGUCGGAGAAGAAUCCAUACAGUGUACCUCUGAGGGGGUAUGGACACCCCCUGUACCCCAAUGCAAAGUGGCAGGGUGUGAAGCUACAGGGAAACAACUCUUGACAAAACCCCAGCACCAAUUUAUUAGACCACAUGUUAACUCUUCUUGCGAUGAAGGGUACAAGUUAAGUGGGAGCGUUUAUCAGGAGUGUCAAGGUACAACUCCUUGGUUUAUGGAGAUUCGUCUUUGUAAAGAAAUCACCUGCCCACCACCCCCUGUUAUCUACAAUGGAGCACACACCGGGAGUUCCUUAGAAGAUUUUCCGUAUGGAACCACGGUCACUUACACAUGUAACCCCGGGCCAGAAAGAGAAGUGGAAUUCAGCCUCAUUGGAGAGAGCACCAUCCGUUGUACAAGCAACGAUCAAGAAAGAGGCACCUGGAGUGGCCCGGCUCCCCUAUGUGAACUUUCCCUCCUUGCUGUCCAAUGCUCACAUGUCCAUGUUGCAAAUGGAUAUAAGAUAUCUGGCAAGGAAGCCCCAUAUUUCUACAAUGACACUGUGACAUUCAAGUGUUUUAAUGGAUUUACUUUGAAGGGCAGUAGUCAGAUUCGUUGCAAAGCUAAUAACACCUGGGAUCCUGAAAUACCAGUUUGUGAAAAAGAAACAUGCCAGCCUGUGAGAGAGGAUCUUCAAGAACUUCCAGUUGGUUCACGUUUGGAGCUAGUUAAUACAUCCUGCCAAGAUGGGUACUGGUUGACUGGACAUACUUACCACAAGUGUCAAGAUGAUGAAAAUGGAAUUUGGUUCAAAAAGAUUCCACUUUGUAAAGUUAUUCACUGUCACCCUCCACCAGUGAUUGUCAAUGGGAAGCACACAGGCAUGAUGGCAGAAAACUUUCUAUAUGGAAAUGAAGUCUCUUAUGAAUGUGACCAAGGAUUCUAUCUCCUGGGAGAGAAAAAAUUGCAGUGCAGAAGUGAUUCUAAAGGACAUGGAUUUUGGAGUGGGCCUUCCCCACAGUGCUUACAAUCUCCUCCUGUGACUAGCUGCCCUAACCCAGAAGUCAAACACGGGUACAAGCUGAAUAAAACGCUUUCUGCAUAUUCCCACGAUGACAUAGUGUAUGUUGACUGCCAUCCCGGCUUCAUCAUGAACGGUAGUCGCAUGAUUAGGUGUCAUACUGAUAACACAUGGGUGCCAGGUGUGCCAACUUGUAUCAAAAAAGCCUUCGUAGGGUGUCAGCCUCCGCCUAAGACCCCCAACGGGAACCAUACUGGUGGAAACAUAGCUCGGUUUUCCCCUGGAAUGUCAAUCCUGUACAGCUGUGACCAAGGCUACCUGCUGGUGGGAGAGGCACUCCUUCUUUGCACACAUGAGGGAACCUGGAACCGACCUGCCCCUCAUUGUAAAGAGGUAAACUGUAGCUCACCAGCAGAUAUGGAUGGAAUCCAGAAGGGGCUGGAACCGAGGAAAAUGUAUCAGUAUGGAGCUGUUGUAACUCUGGAGUGUGAAGAUGGAUAUAUGCUGGAAGGCAGUUCCCAGAGCCAGUGUCAGGCAGAUCACCAAUGGAACCCUCCCCUGGCGGUUUGCAGAUCCCGUUCACUUGCUCCUGUCCUUUCUGGUAUUGCUGCAGGUUUGAUACUUCUUAUCUUCUUGAUUGUUGUUACCUUAUGCAUGAUAUCAAAACACAGAGAACGCAAUUAUUAUACAAAUACAAGCCAGAAAGAAGCUUUUCGUUUAGAAGCACGAGAAGUAUAUUCUAUUGAUCCAUACAACCCAGCAAGUUGAUCAGAAGACAAACUGGUGUGUGCCUUGUUGCUUGGAAUUCAACGGAACAUUGAUUAGAAAGAAACUGCUCUAACAUCAGCAAGUCUCUUUAUAUGGUCUCAAGACCAAGGAAAUUAUGUCGUAAGCAAUCACUUCCUAUGUGCACUUAUUCUCAAGAAGAACAUCUUUAUGGUGAAGAUGGGAGCCCAGUUUCACUGCCAUGUAUUCUUCAAGGACUUUCUGAAGCCUCACUUGUGAGAUGCCUGAAGCCAGGCCAUGGCUAUAAACAAUUACAUGGCUCUAAAAGUUUCACCCUUUUUAAGGAAGGCACUAAAAAGAGCUGUCCUGGUAUCUAGACCCAUCUUCUUUUUGUAAGCAGCAUACUAGUGUUGCUAUGUGCUUUUGGUUGUAAUGUGGUUUUAAUUAUACAAAUAAAGUAUGAAGCAUUUUCUGGGGUUAUGAUGGCCAUACAUUUAUUAGGAAGAAUGGUUUUAUUUUGAUAGUAGCUUCCUUCUCUAGUGUUGUUAAUCAUUUCAUUUUUACCCUCACUUAGUUUGAGUUUUUCUCACAUUACUGUAUAUACUUUGCCUUUCCAUAAUCACUCAGUGAUUCCAAUUUGCACAAGUUUUUUUAAAUUAUGGGAAUCAAGUUUUAAUCCUAGAGAUUUGGUAUACAGUUCAAGCUUUGGAUGUUUCCUUAGCAGUUUUGUGAUAAGCUCUAGUUGCUUGUAAAAUUUCACUUAAUAAUGUGUACAUUAGCCAUUCAAUAAAUUGUAAUUGUAAAGAAAACAUACAA